UUUUCCCUACGAGGAAUCAAACUAACUCGAGUAUUGUUUUCAUUGUUUCAAGAACCGUCGCCGUUGUACGACAACAACCACUACCACGAGGAAUGCCUAAAAUGUAACAGCUGCGGUCUGAAUCUCACGGGACCGAAUCAGAAACGGGCUAGACGACGAGUUCUGCAACGAGUUCCCGCACAAUCUGGUGCCGACGCCUGGCUACUGGAUCGAGUGCUCGAGGCAGCAGAUCACGUCCGACACGAUCUGGGACGAAAGCGAGAGCGGCGAGGCGACCGACACCGAGCUGGCCGAGGUGCAACAGGAAUCCGACACCGACGAACUGCCGAGGAAGAAGACAACCAUCGAGGAACAAUGGGAGAAGAACCAAGGGUUCGAGCUGACCUCCGUCGAGCAGGAGACCUACGAGAAGUACUUUUACGGGACUGAACACUGGAACUACUUCACCAACGACGAAGACCUCGGCCCGGUGAUACUGAGCAUCAAGCAGGAGACGUUGAACGGCCGGGAACAGUUCAGGAUCCUCGUCAGGGCUAUCAGUUACACCGUCCACGGGCUGAUUCCAGCGAGCUGCGUGUUCGCCGACAGGUACAAUCGCGAGGAUGUGGUACGCAGCUUAGGCAAAGAGGUGAACGUGAAUCCGCCAUUAACGUUAGGUCAAUUGCCUGACACUCAGGACGAGCUGCUGAAGCUGGAUCAGGUGUUCAUAAAAUCGGAAUUGAAAGUCGGUGUGCUGUACGUUCAAGAGGACCAACGCACCGAGGAGGAGGUGUUGGACAACCACGAGAACUCGCCGCUAUUCGACGAGUUCCUGCAGAUACUCGGCGAUAAAAUACGGCUGAAAGGUUUCGACAAGUACAAGGGCGGCUUGGACACCGCUCACGACCUCACCGGUUUGUACUCGGUGUACACGAAUUGGCGAGGCAUCGAGAUCAUGUACCACGUGUCCACGUUCCUGCCCAACGAGAAACACGACGUGCAAAGGGUGCAAAAGAAACGGCACAUAGGCAACGACAUCGUGUGCGUCGUGUUCCUGGAGGCGGACAAGACCUCGUUCAAUCCAGCCUGCAUGAAGUCGCAUUUCCUCUACACGUUCAUCCUGGUCCGAGUGAGCCCGAGGAUAAAGCGAAAGGUCACCAGAUACGAAGUGUCGGUCGCAACGAGGGACGAGGUCGGGGCGUACAAGCCCUACCUCUGGGAGCAGAACGUUUUCAAGAAGGGUCCAAUGUUCCGCGAGUGGUUGCUCACGAAGAUCGUCAACGGCGAGCGGGCGAGUUACUCGGCGCCGAAAUUCGCCAAGAUGCAGGAGAGGACCAGGACCCAGAUGUUGGAGGACAUCGUGGCCAACUUGGCGAAUCACGCGGAGACUGGACAGCUACCGAAACCGUACAGACGCGGCUCGUGGAGGCCGAUUGGUCACAUGAGGCCAUCCUCGCCGCUUCUCGACUCCGUCAGGGAUCAGUUCGAGGAUCACGAUCAGCUUGCCAAGGACUUCACCAGAGUAUUCCUCAACAAUCAGGAGAACAGCACGUUGAACACGAACCUGUUCGACGUCUCUUUCUUGGUGCAUGGGCCGCAGAAGCAGAAAGUCAGAUUUUUCGGCGUCAGGGCGAUCCUGGCAGUGAGAAGCAGAGUGUUUCAAGAGAUGCUGUACGGGAUUCAAGCGGGUUUCGGUAGUCCGCAAGUGCCGGUCGCCGAGCUGCUCGCCAGACCGGUGCCCACCUUGCUCAGCCCGCAGAAGCCGCGAAGUUCCAACUUCCUUCAAGUGCCCGACGUCGAAAGCCCG